CUUUGUCAUCAUGCUAUAACCUUGGAAACUUGACACGUGUAUCCCAUAGGCUUGUCAUUGACAAGUGUCAAAGUCUUACAGUAAGAUCGGAGAGAGAGAUAUGAGCCAACAAGAGCAACCACGUAGGCCACAAGAGCCGGUGAAAUACGGAGACGUUUUCGAGGUCUCCGGGGAGCUAGCUGAUAAGACCAUAGCGCCUGAGGAUGCAAACAUGAUGCAAGCAGCCGAGACGCGCGUCUUCGGACACACUCAAAAAGGAGGUACAGCCGCCGUCAUGCAGUCUGCAGCCACUGCCAACAAACGUGGUGGCUUCGUCCAACAAGGUGACGCAACCGACGUCGCGGCUGAACAUGGCGUCACCGUGGCGCAAACAGACGUCCCUGGUGCACGUGUCACUACAGAAUUCGUCGGUGGACAGGUCGUUGGACAACACGUGGAGCCGAUGCCUGUGGGGACUACUGCGGCUACAGAUGCUGAAACGUUGGGAUUGAAUUUGCAAAGUGCGAUAACAAUAGGAGAAGCAUUGGAGGCAGCUGUACAAACCGCUGGAAACAAACCGCUGGACCAGAGCGAUGCAGCAGCGAUCCAAGCGGCGGAGGUUAGAGCUUCUGGAACCAGCGUCAUUGCUCCUGGUGGUAUCGCCGCUUCAGCUCAAUCCGCAGCGAAUCACAACGCUACUGUGGACCGUGACGAGGACAAAAUCAAGCUCGUUGAUGUUUUAGCGGGUGCUACGGGGAAGCUACAGGCGGAUAAAGCCGUGACGAGGCAGGAUGCAGAGGGUGUGGUGAGCGCUGAGCUGAGGAACAACCCUAACUUGACUACUCAUCCAGGUGGUGUGGCAGCUUCUGUUACAGCCGCGGCUAGGCUUAACGAGAAGGCGGAUAUAUGAGGAAGAUGGUUGUUAAUAAAACUUCUUUUAAGGAAGGAACUUGUGAUGCAAAAUCGUCUUUAAGGUUUUUAUGUUUUGGUUCUGUUGUUCGAAAAGGUUCAAAGAUAAUGUUAAAGGUUCCAAACAUGGGACUUUCAUGUUGAAACUAAAGCUUCUCUAUAACUCGA